AUGGCAACUUCCGGUAACAGUACAACGGCAGGGACAGGUUCACCGUGCGGCGCGUGCAAGUUCCUGAGGAGGAAGUGUUUAGCGGAUUGUAUAUUCGCACCUUACUUCUCAUCGGAGCAGGGAGCAGCAAGAUUCGCAGCUAUUCACAAGGUGUUUGGAGCCAGCAACGUCUCCAAGCUCUUGCUUAAUGUCCCAAUCCAAGAUCGAUGUGAAGCUGUUGUCACAAUCGCCUAUGAAGCUCAGGCUCGUCUUCAUGAUCCUGUGUAUGGCUGUGUCUCUCAUAUUUUCUCCCUCCAACAACAGGUGGCUUACUUGCAAGCACAAGUCAUGCAAAUGAAGGCACAUAUCGCCGGCCACCAGACGUCGGCCGCCAGUACUCACCAAUUCGCCACGUGGCCACAAGCUAGUGGCUCACCGAUCGAUAGUGUAUACUCAACACCAUAUAACCGUCUCCAUCAUACUUACUACGAUCACAUAAACCCUAAUAAUCCAGUCUCGCCACAGAGCUCACUAGAAGGAUCUUUCAGCAACACGAGCAGUGACGUCACAGCUACAGCUAACGUGCGAGAGACUAAUCAAACCGGAGUUGGUGUAUACGGUCAGGGUGAGUUAGGGUUUCAGGAAGGAUAUCCUAACAAAAAGAGAUCAGUGAGUUAUUGUAAUAGCGAUUUAGGCGAGCUUCAGGCUUUGGCUCUUAGAAUGAUGAAGAAUUAA